CGUCAGUCACUCUCCGCCUGAUCAGUUAAUCCUCUUACACUAAUGCAGUCGUUGCUGAGCGAGCACAGGAUGGAGACCUCCUCCAGAAUAUACAGAGAUUUGAUCAGCAAUUACACACGAUGACGAUUGCUAUCAUGACCAGGCUCAGGCUGAAACAUUACAUAGAAAUAUAAAUAGUAUAGAGUGGCUGGGUUGAGUGGAUCUUAACAGGCUACAGUAUGUCUGGAGACAUUGUGGGAGUGUGGGAUGUGUCCUUAAGUGAUGGAGUUUACCGAAUUGAGUUUGAACACGGAACAACAACAGGAAAACGGGUCAUUUACAUAAAUGGGAAGGAGGUGUUGAGGAGGGAUUGGAUGUUCAAACUGGUGGGCAAAGAAACAUUCUCUAUUGGGAGUACAGAUACAAAAGCAACCAUAAAUAUUGAGGCGAUCACUGGGUUUUCCUACGAGUACACACUAGAAAUCAACGGAAAAAGUCUCCAGACAUUCUUGGACAACCGAUCAAAAAUUUCCAAAACAUGGGUGCUGAAACUGGAUGGUGCUGAUUACAGGAUAGUUCUAGAGAAAGACACUAUGGACGUAUGGUGCAAUGGACAGAAAAUGGAGACCAUGGGGGAGUUUACCGAGAAUGGAAGCGAGACACACUUUGCUUUGGGGAACCGUGAAUGCUGCAUAAAAGCAACAACUAGUGGAAGGAAACGGAAUGGGAUAGUUCAUUCCCUACUGGUGGAUGGAAUCGGGAUAGAAGAGGCCAUUGAGUAAAUAUGGAGGCUAAUAGAAUUCAGAUGUGCAAGACAUUUAGCAUAGUGUACUUUAUCAGAAUUAGACACAGAUGGCACUGAAGUGUUUUAUGAAUCCAGUACAUUGGCAUUUGUUCAGAGUAUGGACAAGAACAUUUAAAGGUAUAGUUUUGAAGUCUCGCCCCCCCCCCAUUCACUAUCAUUAUAAAGCUUGGAAGAGCCAGGAUAUUUUAUACAUCCGAUAAUAUGACUCUGAUUGUGUUCGUCUGAAAGAAGAUAGUCAUGUACACCUAGGAUGGCUUGAGGGUGAGUAAAUCAUGGGAUAAUUUUCAGUUUUAUCCCUUUAAAGAUGUUAAAGGUCUUAAAGUGUCUUUAGAAUACCAU